GUGACAUCACCAGCAGUUGACGUCAUAGCUCUUGAAGGAGCUUAGCACCUGCGGCGCAGCAUAAUUCUUGGACGUUAAAAGCCGCUGAAUGUUCCUAGACCUUCUACGGACACGUAUUAGAGGUUUUUUCAUUGUCACUCCGUUCGACAAUCAAGAUGGCAGCAUCCGGCGCGCUUCCUGGUCUCUUUUUCUGUUUUUCAGCAACGCUUCUUCUCAUUUUUGUUUCUGUCUCAGCACCAACAUGGAACACCAUAAGCUUUCUUAAUGCCAACCAAUAUUCCUUUGGUGUAUUUGGUUAUACGGGCUCGAAGGUUCAAAUUGGCUACUAUUUCCCUCUCCCAGGAGAUAUCAACACAGGAGUUCUUCACAAUCUCACCUUCGUUCUUAUCCUUUACCCAAUUGCCGCUGGUCUUGCCGGUCUUGCAUUCCUCUUCGGAGUGUGUGGCGCUGGAUACCAUCGUGCGGGCACUGUAUUUAUGAGUUUUCUCGCCGGACUCGCGACGCUGUGCACAUUUGUUGCAUGGAUUGUUAGCAUGUCUCUGUUCGGUGUCGUCAAAGAUCGCUUGAGUAGCGAGGGCAUCAACGCGAGUUGGGGGAACGCGAAUUGGCUUGCACUAGGCGCCCUGGUUGCGCUCAUUCUAGGCUUCUGCACAGCAGCUUGCGGAGUAUUUGGAAACUACAGGCGCUCGAGGACGUAGUCUGGGCAGGGAGGCUUUCAAGGAAUGGGGUGAGCGAUUGAAAUGAAAGGAUCAUGAAGUUAUCUCCGAUUUCACUUUAUAUCAUAAUGUAUAUAUGCCUGCUAUCAUUCGGAUGGACUCGCCCGUUUGCUUAUUCAUGGAUUGUAUACUUAGUAUACCCGAUAGUACGUCCUCCAACGAUGAUCAAAACGAUUGCAAUGUUACCACUACCUUGAAGCCGCGUGGAUCUAUCACGGAUCAUGGAUCAUGUAUUAGAUUCAUGUACAAUAAAUGAUACAGCUGCAAUC